AUGGAUGAGACCGAGUAUAAAGCACUGAUACAGUGGUACUGCCGUAAAAAAUAUUAUAAUGGCAUGUUAGUCCACGCGAAACAAGCGUGCGAUGCUCAUCCAGCUAGCGACAACUUGAAAAUUUUACUCGCUUUGGCUUACGCACUGAUAGGACAAGGCAGAGACGCUGCUAAGGAAGUUUCAGGAUUAAUCGGCUAUGGAGAUACAACGCUGGCUGCUUUAUUAGUGCAAAGCUAUGCUCACAGAUUUGGCAAUAGUAUUGAUAGAGGUGCAUUGACUCAGCUGGACGCCCGUAUCCGCGAAGAUAAAAGAAAAGCUACACCUCAAGCACUAACAUUGGCUGGCACCGUGCUGUUUUUACUCGGUAAAGUCGAAAAAGCUAAGGAAUAUGCUGACCGAGCAUAUAAGUUAAAUCCUACGAAUAUGGAUGCGCUAUUGAUCAAAGGAUGGAUUAGUUUGCACCUACCAAAAGAGGGGAGCGCAGGAAAAUUCACAGAUUACUUCGAGCAGGCUCUGAAACAAGACAGAAAACAUCUUAACGCUUUACUUGGCUCUGCAAGCUACAAAGAACAGAAUGGAGACCACGAAAGCGCGAUAUCUAUACUUAACUCGAUCAUAGUUCGAUAUCCAAAACUGUCCAUGCCGUUGAUAGAAAAAAUGUCCAACCAAUUGGCCAUGAAAGAUUGGGAACAGGGGCUAGAAACUUCUAACAGAAUACUAUUACUUGAUUCAAACAACACAAGCGCUGCAAAACUUAAAGCUAUAGCAUCGCUGUGCAGGGACGGCGACUACGCCGAAGGGUUAAGAUACUUGCAAACAUUUUUCAGAUACUUGUUGCUAUCGGAGCCUAAAAAUAUACACCUUCUCAUAGAUGGAGUACAAUUAUUCUCUCGAGUAACUGGACGGGAUCCAGCCAUAUUAACAGAGCUGACAAAAAUCACUGAGAAAUGUGUACAGCAAAAUCCUCAGAGCGGUGAAUUGAUGGUUGAAUUAGGGAACCUGAAUGUAUUCAUGGGAAAAAUCAAGGAUGCCGAACACUGGUACCGCAGUACGGUACGAAUCGAUGAAUCUUCGCUGCCAGCAUUGAUGGGACUGGCGCAUUGCCAGCUACUCGACACUUCUUCAGGGGCGACAGAUUUGGCCAGACAGCAAAUUGACUUUCUCAGAGAGAUACAGGUGAAUGCCACAAGUCCCAAAAUUCUGUACAUGUCAGCUAAAUUGAGCAAUCAUGAGCCAAGUAUAGCUGUAAAUUAUCUGGACAUGGCAGCUAUGAUAUUGUUGGAAGACUCUAAAGGUAUUCCUUACGGAUUUGAGUAUCUCAAAACUUUGAAUCCAGAUUUUUGUUUGGAAAUUGUAAAAGAGUUCUUGAUAUAUUUACCAAGCACGUCAAUUGGCAGUGCUCCGGAAGAGAAGAACUCGUCAAGCGAUACGUUGAAAAAGCAGUGCUUGAAUAUACUCGAAAAAGUUUGCGACGCUUGUCCUGGCUUAGCGGCAGCUCUGAUGUUGUUGGGAAAAGUCAGAUUGCAAAAUGGGGACUUUGACGGAGCUUUGGAAGCAUUGAGAAAACUACUAGAUUCGGUUGAUCCAACCAGCGCUCCAGGUCACUUGUUAAUGGCUCAAAUUCUCGCUCGCCAAGGAAAGUAUCAGCAGGCUUCGCAAAGUUUGGAAGUUGGAUUGAGCUACAAUUUUAAAGUCAGAGAUGAUCCGAUGUACCAUUUGAUCAUUGGACUGGUCGAGAAAGAAAAUGGAGACCUGAAUAGCUGUAUUCAUAGUUUGCGUGUUGCUAUGUCGUAUGCCGGUCUAAUGCCUGGCGAGGGUAUAUCAACAACCACUUCGAUACCCACCGCAGACAAGGCGACGCUUUACCUUGAGCUCAUAUCUGCUUAUAGUAAAGUCAAAAAGUAUAAUGAAGCAAUUUCACUUAUGGCGGAGGCUAUGGGGGAAUUAUGUGGCACUGUUGAGGAGAGUCGCAUAAUAAUCGGAAAUGCUGAACUCUGUCUGGACAUGGGCGAUGUAGACCAGGCCAUAAGUCAUUUGUCAAGAGUUCAUCCAGGUCAACCUUACUACUUGCAAGCGCACACAAGACUCGCUGAAAUUCACCUCAAGUGGAGAAAGGACAGGAAUGCUUUUGCCAAGUGUUUCAGAGAACUAGUCGAGCACUCUCCUGGUCCGACAACAUACAGCAUGCUUGGGGAUGCCUAUAUCGCCAUUCAAGAACCGGACCGAGCGAUAGAAGCCUAUGAACAGUCCCUGAAGAAAAGUCCAUCGGACAAAAUACUGGCUAGCAAAAUGGGAAAGGCACUGGUCAAAACACACCAAUACGGAAAGGCAAUAAAUUACUACAAAGAAGCAACGCGCCAGGAAGGUUGCGGUGAUCUGAAAUUGGAUAUGGCAGAAUUGUUCAUGAAAAUGAAACAGUUCGACAAAGCGGAAGCCACUCUUGCUCAAGAGUUGCAAGAUUGUCGCAAUGCAAACGACCUACAGAGCUUAGAACUGCGAACAAAACAGCUACUGUUAUUGGCCAAGGUUCGCAAAAGAGCAGGCAAUACGCAGGCAGCCCUCGCAACUCUGCGUGAAGCCAGAGAAAAUCAAAGUAGGGCUGUUCAGAGAGCUGCUGUCACGCCUGGUUCAACAAUGCAGAAAGAGUUGCUGGCUCAAAUAUGCUCGAGUAUGGCGGAGCAUGCUUCAUCUCUGAGAGAUUUUGACCAGGCUAUCGUCUACUACAAGGAGGCUUUGAGUCAUAAUUCUAGUGACACUAAAGCUCUGCUUUCGCUCGCCAAGAUUUACAUGCAGGUAAACGACCUGGAUCGUUGCGCUCAAAACUGUGCAACCUUACUAACAAUGGAUCCGAGCAACGAGGCAGCACUGGUGAUGAUGGCUGAUCUGGCCUUUCGCAAAGUGGAUUUUGAAACUGCUGCGUUCCAUUUUCGUCAGUUAUUAAUUCGUCAGCCGACUUAUUGGACAGCGCUGGCAAGACUGAUAGAAGUUUCUCGUCGAACAGGCAACAUGGAUGACCUUCACGAGUGGAUCUCUAGGGCAGAAUCUAGUAUGAGUGGUUCAAACCAAGAAGCUGGCUUCUCUUACUGCGCCGGUCUGUUAGAUUGGAGACUUGGCAAGCUGAAUUCUGCGCUUCGGUACUUUAAUGCUGCUCGACGAGAUCCGGAGUGGGGUCAGCAGGCCAUCUACAACAUGAUUGAUAUAUGCUUGGACCCUGACGAUGACUCUGCGCUAACCAAUGAUACUUUCAAUGACAGUAAUUCUGAGUACCAAGAUUCAAGAUCACUGGCAUUGAAAACAGCUCAACGAUUAUUGCAGGAACUGAACCCAAAGGGAGGCAUCCAGGAGAUGCUGACCCACCGAUUGCUGGGUGAUUUCUUCCUCUUGGCGACGAAGCAGAAGGGAAACAUUGAGCGUGCCCUACAAGAUUGUACAGCUCUGGCGAGCCAGGAUGCGCUCAAGGAUCACGUCGGUCCAGCGCUGGGCUUGGCUACGGCUCACAUCCUGCUUAAGCAAACGCCGCGAGCACGCAACCACCUCAAGAGAGUUUGUAGGAAUGUUUGGUCCUUCGAAGAUGCCGAGUACUUGGAACGUUGCUGGGUCCUGCUGGCCGACAUUUACGUCCAGUCGAGCAAAUACGAGCUGGCCAACGAGCUACUGAAGCGCGUUCUUCAGCACAACGCGACCUGUGUACGAGCCCACGAAUUGUCCGGCUACAUAGCCGAGAAGGAACAGAAUUAUCGCGAGGCCGCCGUCCAGUAUUCCCAGGCCUGGAAGUACGGAGGAAGGUCGAAACUCUCCGUCGGCUACAAACUCGCCUAUUGCCAUAUGAAGAGUAAGGCUUACGCUGACGCCAUUGAAACUUGCAACGAAGUGUUGAAACAAAAUCCGGAUUAUCCACGGAUAAAAAAAGACAUACUGGAAAAGUCUAUGAACAAUCUGAGAACUUAGUUUUACAAAUAUCAUUCUACCGAAAGGCAAUAUUUGCAUGCAAAUGAGAUUGUACCGGGAGGAUUCCUGGAAAUCGUAUGAUUUCAAAGACGCUUCGCCGGCAGAUAGAUCUCCGAAGUUACGUACGAAGUAUUUUACUACGUGUAAUAUGUAACUACGGUUGCCCAUUUGACUCCCAAUAACUGCAAAAGAAUAAAAUUUCUAAUAUGAUCCAUUCCGAUUUCUUUAUCCGAAAAUUCAAAUAAAAACGAAUUUGAAGGAGGACGAUCCGAAUAGCUGCGAAACGUCCUUUGAAAUGUUCGUUUUCAGGGAAUCCUCCCGGUAUAGUUGAUUAUUAAAUGAAUUAUUCCGUCCACUGUAAUCGUAAGCAUUAAUCGCUCAUAAAACUGAGGAACAAAUAUUCACUGCAACGACGUUUAAAAUUUCACUCCUGACAAAUAAAAUGCGAUCCGAUUGAAUUUCAUUCUUUUUUAUUUUCACUAGUGAGUUAUGAAAAUUUCUGCUAUUACGAAUAUUUAUGGAAAUUGAAACAUUUUGUAUUAUUUCGUACAAAAUUGUAAAUAUGCAUAGUUUUUCGUAAAGAAUUUUUAAUAUUUGUGUUUAAAAAUUUGAGUAGCUUGUAGAUUUUUUUUUUUGUAUAAAAAUACAAAUUUUCAUGAAAAUCUACAAGUUUUUAUGAAAAACUAUGUUAAUUCACAAUUUUGUAAGAGAACAAUUUGUUGCACAAAAUUGUACGAAGUGUCCCAAUUUUCUGAAAAAUUCGUAAAAAAUCGUAGACAUAAUUUUCACCACGGAUUAUACGUCAGCAUAUUGAUGGUUCAAAUUUAAUCACCACCAGCUGCUGUCACAACAAAUUACAUGAAUCAAAAUUAUAAAGUAUACCUGUAAGAUAAGGCGAAUACUGUCUUGACUAUAAAUAUUUGACGAUACAUCUUGAUAUGACAUGUACGAUUACACUAGUAUCCGCACGUCGGCUGGUGAUGAGGAAGCGUGGAUAAUGCAACAAAAUGUAUACAUGUAUAACUAAACGAUAUAUCUACUUAUUGAAUCGAGCUUGAAGUGUCAGUUAGCUGCAAAUAGAUAUGUGAAAGGGCUGCUGCGCAAUUCACGUGAUUUUAUUCGUUGGGAAUUUCGGUGAUUGCAUUCAAUUCGUUUUCCUCCAAUAUCUAUUUACAGUUGAAAUAUAUCAAACUGUUGAAUUGCUCCGAGGCAUUUUUUUCACACGUUAUUACCACGGGAUUCUUGAAACAUUGAUUACGAUGUUCGUUUAAUUUUAUUAACUCUAUAUGCUACUUGAUUACAGUAAUAAGUAAUAUUUACACGUUGAAAGUGACAGUUUUACAUCAUACCUAUUACGAUUAUUACGUUACAUUAUGUACAAUGACAAUUUUGUUUUAAAUAAAUCAGAUAAGAUUAAAAUAUGUAUGUGUAUGUAUAUCAUAGAUUUAACGCGACGAUGUAUUUCAAUCACUUUACAUACCAUUAUAUGUAUACACUAUUGGCUAUUUGUGCAUGCUCAAAUAUUUUGUUUGAUUCAAAAUUGGUAGUUGACAACUUAUUCAGCAAAUAGGAGCGAGGAAUAUUCCCCUUGUAUCAAUAAAAGUAACUUUUCACUGUGGUUAUUACUCUAAAAUGACACGAUGUAAUAUGAAUAAAUGUCCAUCAGCUUGCACGAA